GAUGAGUCGCUGGAGUGCAGGAAUCUGUCGGCAGUAUUUGUUCUCAGCGGCGGAUUUCAGGUGUCAAAGAUGGAAACUUUAAAUAAACUGAAACAGUUUGACGCUUAUCCCAAAACUCUGGAGGAUUUCCGAGUGAAGACGUGGGGAGGAGCGACCGUGACUAUCAUCAGCGGCGUCAUCAUGUUCAUCCUGUUUGUCUCUGAGCUGCAGUACUAUCUCACCAAAGAGGUUCACCCUGAGCUGUACGUCGACACAUCGAGAGGAGACAAGCUGCAGAUAAACAUCGACGUCAUUUUCCCCCACAUGCCCUGUGCCUAUCUCAGUAUAGACGCAAUGGAUGUGGCCGGCGAGCAGCAGCUGGACGUUGAACACAAUCUUUUCAAACAGCGGCUGGACAAAGACCUCAAACCCGUCACAGACGAGGCAGAGAAACACGAGCUUGGUCAGGCUGACGAUGGAGAAGUGUUUGACCCCAGCACCCUGGACCCAGACAGAUGUGAGAGCUGCUACGGAGCCGAGACCGAAGACCUCAAGUGCUGUAACACCUGUGAUGAUGUGCGAGAAGCGUACCGGCGGCGAGGCUGGGCGUUCAAGAGCGCAGACACCAUUGAGCAGUGUAAGAGAGAGGGUUUCACCCAGAAGAUGCAGGAGCAGAAGAACGAAGGCUGCCAGGUUUACGGCGUCCUGGAGGUCAACAAGGUUGCAGGAAAUUUCCACUUUGCUCCUGGGAAAAGUUUCCAGCAGUCUCAUGUUCACGUGCACGCUGUGGAAAUCCACGACCUGCAGAGCUUCGGCUUAGACAACAUAAACAUGACCCACCUGAUAAAACACCUGUCGUUUGGAAGGGAUUACCCCGGCAUUGUUAACCCGCUGGACGGGACAGACGUCACAGCACAACAAGCAUCGAUGAUGUACCAGUAUUUUGUGAAAAUUGUUCCGACCAUCUAUAUGAAGACUGACGGAGAGGUGGUAAAAACAAAUCAGUUUUCAGUCACACGGCAUGAGAAAGUGGCUAACGGGUUGAUAGGGGACCAGGGGCUGCCUGGGGUGUUUGUUUUAUACGAGCUUUCUCCGAUGAUGGUGAAAUUCACAGAGAAACACAGAUCAUUUACACACUUUCUAACAGGAGUCUGUGCCAUUAUUGGAGGUGUAUUUACAGUCGCCGGUCUGAUCGACUCGCUCAUCUACCACUCGGCUCGGGUCAUCCAGAAGAAGAUAGAGCUGGGAAAGACGUCCUAACAGCGCCCCCUGCUGGAUUCCAAGGUGCAACACAGACCAAGACACGGACACAGAGACACAAAGAGACGAAGGACAAGAGUUGAAGAAGCAGUUUGUAUUUCUGUCACUCAGUCUGACAGGAAACACCACGGCUGAAGGAAAUCAGAGAGACGGGGAGGUUUUACAUCAGUUUUUAAAUUCCUCUGUCCCUUUUUUGUUGUGUAAAAUCACUGCAGAGGACCCUUCUGGGACUGGGGGGUCUUUAUUUUGGCUGCUGAAGUUGAAGCUAACAGGACAGGGUAAAAAGACAUCAGUGAGACUUUAUGAGAUUAAACCUGAGCUGAGACACUUCAUCCAUUCAGACCCAGACUGAGAGCUGCUUCCUGAGAAAACAUUCACGUUAAGUUGAUCCUGUUUCUGUCAUUUCAUUUGCUUCUCUGAAUGUUACUGAGGGGAUCUGUGGUGGAUGUGAUAGUGAGGGGAUCUGUGGUGGAUCUGAUGACAUAUCUUUUUUUUUUUUUUUUUUUUUUUUAAUCUUAACAUUGCCUGUGUCCUGUCUACCAGCACAACCAGUUUCCCAGUAUAAAAUAUCGAGACGUGGCUGUCAUCACUGCAGCUGCACGCUAUCAAAACCUGCACCCAGUCAUCGAGUACAGCAGCUUCACAGCUUACUGGACCAUCUAGGUGUAGCACCACUUUUUACCAGCUUUUCUCCAUCAUACGAUGGUAAUCCCACGUUUAAAGGAAAUACUGGUUUGCUUUUAAAUAAAUAAAUCUUAUUUAUUCAGGUUUCUUUAAAAGACUCCUCAGUUAAAGACAAAAAUGACCAUUUGAGGAAGUCAGCGGUGUUCUUCACAGCAGCCAUGGCAGAUGGAAUUCAGAAAACCUCAACCCUUUUUCCUCUGUUUAAAAACAGACCGGCACAUUAAACAGACCAUAUUUUAGAAUACGUGUUUAAAAAGCCACAUUCCUUCUGACUUUAAGCAGCAGAUGAUCUGCAGCCAAAGCCUGAGAGAAAUAGAUGAGUCUCAUUUGUCUGCUCCUUUUGUUCACCUCCACUCAGGUUUUAGUUCUUUACAGCCGUGGUUUUCAACAGUCUAGCCUCGGGAUCCACCUCAGGAUCCAUAACGACAGACCACCACCCAAACCUCUGAAGUAUUUAUCAAUCAGUCUGAUUUAUUUAUUUAAAGAUGGGGCUGUUAGAGCCUGAGAAUACAGCACAAAGAGACUGAGGAAAAUUAGAAAUUAUUGUAUUAUACCAGGAAUAAAGAAGAAAAAUCCUUGAAAGUAUUAUCAGAAAAAUACAGGAUAAAAUCUAUAAAAUCAUGUGAAAAUUCCCUGCUCCCUGAAAAUUCUGCUAAAAGUUUCUGGGAAAAGUCCUGAGAGUCUCUUAUUCUUUGUGAAAUUUUGUUAAAAUUUAGAGAAGUCCCAGAGAAGAGCACCGAAAGUUUCAGAGGAAAUGCCCAAAGAAAACUCCCCCAAAAGUUUUAGGAAAACUCCUCUUUCUUUUUGUAAAAAUUACCUUAAGUUUCCAUAAAUCUCUUAUAAGUUUGAGUAAAUUCAUACUGAAUAUUUUUGAAUAAUUUAGGGGAAAAUGUUUAUUAUUUCCUUUUCUGUCAAAAGCUUAAAAAGUGGAACAAACGCACUAAAAGACCCACCAAAGACAGCUCCACAGCCCACUUUUGGGUCCCGAUCCACCAGUUGUGAACCACUGAUUUAAACUUCCUCUUCUUUAACUUAAGGCUCGUUCAGAGCAAAUCUCCUGAAAAUAAUACCUAGUUUGUUUUUGUCAAAGCUCCCAUGUGAAACGUUUGGGCCCGAAUAGAAAGUGACAGGACCAAUCAGCGACGAGGGGCAGUACUUUCGGGCAUGGUGGAGUCGAGACAUAAGCAAG